AACAACUAGAACGCUCGACAAGAAAAGAUGGGGGACAAUCCUUGGGUUCUCCAGGAACAGGUCCUGUUAGAACUUUCAGAAGUGAUAAAAAAUUCACUUUCUGAAGAUUCUCAAACUCGAGCAGCUGCUUUAAGUUUACUUGAAAAAACAAAGGACAUUCCUGAUGUAAAUAAUUAUCUCGCCUGUAUAUUGAUCAACGGUGCUGAACUAAGCGUACCAAUUCGUUCUGCUGCUGGUUUACUUUUAAAAAAUAACUUGCGUGUUUCAAACAUUGAACUUGCACACGGAUUGCAAAGCCUAAAUUAUACGAAAUCGACGGUUGUACGCGGUUUAUGUGAUCCUCAGCCUUUAAUUCGCGGUAUUUCUGGCAACGUUAUAACUACGCUGAUUAGUCGAUGGGGGGUUAGUGCAUGGCCAGAAGUUCUACCACAAUUGAUGGAUAUGCUUUCUGGCUCAACAUCUAGUACUACUCAAGAAGGUGCUUUCAGCGCACUUACAAAAAUUUGCGAAGAUUCGGCCCGAGAAUUAGAUAGAGACUUUGAUGGAACGCGUCCUUUGGAUUUUAUGAUUCCUCGCUUCAUUGAAUUGGCGCGUGAUGGAAACCCCAAAAUCCGUACAGAUGCUUUGUUUUGCCUUAACCAGUUUCUUUUAAUCCAAAGUCAGUCUUUGUACGCUCACAUCGAUACGUUUCUGGAAACUUGUUACAGCUUAGCUACUGAUCCUUCCCCGAAUGUUCGAAAGAAUGUUUGUCAGGCCCUUGUCUAUUUGCUUGAUGUACGUCCCGAUAAGAUUGCUCCCUCAUUGGGUAGCAUUGUAGAAUAUAUGCUCUACUCAACUCAAGAUAUGGACCAGACUGUCGCUUUGGAAGCAUGCGAAUUUUGGUUAGCCAUCUCUGAACAACCUGACCUCUGUUCUUCUUUGGGUCCCUAUCUCGACAAGAUUAUCCCAAUGCUUCUUCGUGGCAUGGUUUACUCUGAUAUGGAUCUUUUGCUUCUAGGAAAUGAUGCCGAUGAUUACAAUGUUGAAGAUCGACUUGAAGACAUUCGUCCUCAACAUGCCAAGGGUAAGUCUCGGGUAACCAUGGAUACGGAGGGUCCUAUUGGCCGCCAAGGAGCCGCAAAUGAUGAGUUUGAUGAACUUGAUGAGGAAGACGAAGAUGAUGAGGAUGAAUUUGACGAUGAGGAUGAAGAUGCUGAUGCUUUCAUGGACUGGAAUUUGAGGAAAUGCUCAGCUGCUGCCCUCGAUGCUUUAUCUUCUUUUUGGAAGCAGAAGCUACUUGAUGUUAUUCUCCCUCAUUUGAAGGAAAGUUUGAUGAGCACUGACUGGAAAGUUCAAGAGGCUGGCGUAUUAGCAUUGGGUGCUAUUGCAGAAGGCUGCAUGGAUGGAAUGAUACAAUACCUGCCCGAACUUUAUCCAUAUUUACUUUCCCUGUUGGAAAGUAAUAAGCCGCUAGUUCGCACAAUUACAUGCUGGACCCUUGGCCGUUAUUCAAGUUGGGCAACUUGCUUGGAUUCCGAAGUGGAUCGUCAAAAGUAUUUCAUUCCUCUUAUUGAAAAGUUGCUGAGAAUGGUGGUUGAUAACAAUAAAAAGGUUCAAGAAGCCGGUUGCUCUGCCUUUGCGAUCUUGGAAGAGCAAGCCGGCCCUGCUCUGGUGCCCUUCUUAGAACCUAUUUUAACUAACUUUGCUUUUGCCUUCCAAAAGUAUCAAAGAAAAAAUUUGCUCAUCUUGUAUGAUGCUGUUCAAACGCUUGCCGAUUACGUUGGUCCUGCACUUAAUGAAAAGCGUUAUGUUGAACUUUUGAUGCCGCCUUUGCUUCAUAAGUGGUCUACACUUGUUGACGAUGACCCAAAUAUUUUCCCUUUGCUAGAAUGCCUUUCAUCGGUUGCUGUGUCCCUUAAAGAUGGAUUUGCUCCCUUUGCAGCAGAAACAUAUGCUCGUACUUUUCGGAUGCUCCGCAACACCUUGUACCUGAUUGACGCUUCUCAGGGCGAUCCUACGAUUGAUGUUCCAGAUCGGGACUUUUUAGUUACCACUUUAGAUUUAAUCAGUGGUAUUAUUCAAGCACUCGGAAGUCAAAUAGCCCCCUUAAUCGCUCAGGCAGAUCCCCCGAUGGGACAAAUCAUUGGUGUAUGCGCCAAAGACGAAGUUGCCGAAGUCCGUCAAUCGGCCUAUGCUCUACUGGGUGAUAUGUGUAUGUUUUGCUUUGACCAAGUUCGUCCUUAUUGUGAUGCGUUGUUAUUAGACAUGUUACCACAAAUGCAGAUGCCUUUGUUGCAUGUCAGUGCCUCCAACAAUGCCAUCUGGUCCGCUGGAGAAAUGGCAUUACAGUUGGGUAAAGAUAUGCAACCAUGGGUGAAACCUUUGCUGGAGCGUCUUAUUUACAUUAUGCAGUCUGGCAAAGCGAACAGUACAGUACUGGAAAACGUUGCCAUCACCACAGGCAGACUUGGUAUGUUUAAUCCAGAGUUAGUUGCUCCUCAUUUGGAAUUUUUUUACCAACCAUGGUUUGAAAUUAUCAAGACCAUCGGUGAAAAUGAAGAAAAGGACUCUGCUUUCAGAGGAUUUUGCAAUAUCCUGGCAUGCAAUCCUCAGUCCUUAUCAUAUCUUCUCCCUAUGUUUGUUGUAUGUGUCGCAGAGUACGAAAAACCUUCGAUGGAGUUGCAAGACAUGUUCCAAAAGAUUUUGCAAGGAUCCAUUGAAAUGUUUAAUGGAAAGGCAGCAUGGCAAGCUUCACCGGAGAUGUUGGCACAAAUUCAACUACGUUACGGGGUUUAAGAAAAAGGCAUGCAUAUACACCGAUGGAUGGUCGAAUACACACGUAAACGUUUGGGAAAAUAAUAAUUCAUUUUUUUUUAAUGAUAGGAAUACGGUAUAUUGAAUCUUUACAUAAUCAAUUUGUUCUAUGUGAAAAAAAAGAGGACCCGCUAUGGUAAUAUGGAUGGAUACCCUGAAAAGAAACCUCUUCUUAUUCUUAUUUUCUAUAGGUUGAUAGGUAGAGAAUAAAAAUAAAAAACCUUUUUUUUUUUUUGUCUCGAAGGAUAAAGGUAUUCAACAAUUAAGAAGAAAAAUAAAUUGAAUGUAAGUAAAGCUUGUGCUUACACUUGCUUUCAAUUUCUAGUGCUGCUUAUGGCUACUAAUACUAUACAUGCCUAGCUUUGUCACGAGUUGUGAAACAUAAAAGCUGUAGUAUGAUGAAUAACUUAACACCUGGAAAAGAUUAAAUUACAAAGAAAAACAGCAAUUCGAUUUGUAGAUUUAAUUCUUCAAGCGUCUUUAUGCUAUGUGGAUUUUCGUGAAAGUCGUACGAGGUGUAACAUACAACAAGGCGUGUAUUUAUUCAAGGUUUUUCAACCAAAACAUGUCAAUACUUUCAUAAGCCAAACUCAUUCUACCAUGAGAAACUUCGUUAUUUUCUCUUAUGCUGAACAGCCCCAUACAUAAUUCCUUUCACCAUAAUACGAUUUUUGUUACCGUAAUAAAAUAAAAUAGUAUGAUUUGAACCGCUAA